GCCGGGGAGGGGGGGCGGAGCCUGCGCCCGGCGCCCUUCCCCUCCCCCCUCCCGUCGCGAGGUGGGGCCUCGAGGCCGGCCCGGGAGCUCUGAGGGAAAGAAGGGCGGCCGGAGGGAAGGGAAGGAAGGAGAAGCGGCGAGAGGCCGGCCGCCACCACCACCGUCUUGUGCCCCGUCAUGUUUUCCCUCAAGCCGCCCAAGGCGACCUUCAAGUCGUACCUUUUGCCUCAGGCUGAAGAUAAAAUAACACCUGAACCGAGGCUUAAGAAGUUAGAGCCAAUUCUUUUGCCAGGUGAAAUUGUAGUGAAUGAAGUGAACUUUGUGAGGAAAUGCAUUGCAACUGAUACAAGCCAGUAUGAUUUAUGGGGGAAGCUCAUUUGCAGCAACUUCAAGAUAUCCUUCAUUACCGAUGAUCCCAUGCCGUUUCAGAAGUUUCAGUAUAGGAACCUUCUCCUGGGAGAACAUGAUGUUGCACUAACAUGCAUUGAGCAAAUAGUCACAGUAAAUGACACAAAAAGGAAACAGAAGGUUCUGGGCCCCAAUCAAAAACUUAAAUUUAAUCCAACAGAACUAAUUAUUUAUUGCAAAGACUUCCGUAUUGUCCGGUUUCGUUUUGAUGAAGCAGGACCAGAAAGUGCAAAAAAGGUAUGCCUUGCAAUCGCUCAUUAUUCCCAACCAGCAGAUCUUCAGCUUCUCUUUGCGUUCGAAUAUGUGGGCAAGAAAUAUAAUAAUCCAGCAAAAAAAGUGAAUGGAUUAGACCCAGGAGGAGGAGGAGGUGGUGGUGGUGGCAGCCCACAGACACCCUUAGAAACAUACUCAGAUUGGGACAGAGAGAUCAAAAGAACGGGUGCAUCAGAAUGGCGCGUGUGUUCAGUCAAUGAAGGUUACAUGAUAUCUACCUGUCUUCCAGAAUACUUUGUAGUGCCAUCUUCUUUGGCGGAUCAAGAUCUCAAGCUGUAUUCCUGUGCCUUCCCUGGAAGACGCAUGCCGAUGUGGUGCUGGAAUCAUUCCAACGGAAGUGCUCUUGUGAGAAUGGCCAACAUCAGGGAUUCGAUGCAGCAACGAAAAAUAGAUCAACGGAUAUGCAAUGCAAUCACUCGUAGUCAUCCGCAGAGAAGUGAUGUUUACAAAUCUGACUUGGACAAAGGUUUACCGAACAUCCAAGAAAUCCAGUCUGCCUUUUUAAAACUCAAGCAAUUGUGUGUGAAUGAACCUUUUGAAGAAACAGAGGAAAAAUGGCUGUCCUUGCUGGAUAAUUCACGUUGGCUAGAAUAUGUAAGACUCUUCCUGAAGCAUUCUGCAGAACUUGUAUACAUGCUGGACAGUAAGCAUGUUUCGGUAGUUUUACAAGAGGAGGAAGGCCGGGACCUGAGCUGCUGCGUGGCUUCCCUCGUCCAAGUGAUGUUGGAUCCCUAUUUCCGGACCAUGGGUGGAUUUCAGAGCCUGGUUCAGAAGGAGUGGGUCAUGGCUGGGUAUCCGUUUCUGGAUAGGUGUAAUCACCUGAAGAAAUCUGACAAGGAGUCCCCUUUAUUCUUGAUGUUUCUGGACUGUGUCUGGCAGCUGCUGGAACAAUACCCUUCGGCCUUUGAGUUUUCCGAAACGUACUUGACGAUACUGUACGACAGCACACGCAUCUCCCUGUUUGGUACUUUCCUCUUCAAUUCUCCACAUCAGCGAGUAAAGCAAAGCACGGAAUUUGCCAUAAGCAAAAACAUCCAGCUGGGUGACGAGAAAGGCCUGAAGUUUCCUUCUGUCUGGGAUUGGUCUCUUCAGCAUAAUCUGAGGGAUCGCAUGCUCUUCCACAACCCCUUGUACAUUGGGAAGAGUGUGCCGUGUGUGCACAACGGGGCCGUGAUGGUGUUUCAGAGAACCAGUUCUCAAAAGAGCUACAGUUCGACUCUCAGAGGCCUCCCACCAUCCCUAAAAAACGGGAUGAUCAGCGAGCAAGACUUUCUUCCGAGAAGAAACUCCCUCAUUCUAAAACUGAAACCGGACUUCCUUCAUCACACAGACAGUCCCACCAACGGCCUGGAGCCAUAUCUCCGAGAGUGGUUCUCCAAGCCCGUUGACCUGCACGGCGUCCUCCUGCCCUGCCUUUCUGGAACACAAAUCAAACUCUGGAAACUCUGCUACUUCCGCUGGGUCCCAGAGGCCCAGAUCAACAGCGGGGGGUUCAUUACCGCCUUCCACAAAAUCUCCUUGCUGGCAGACGAAGUAGACGCUCUCAGCCGGAGCCUGCGACAACACAACGGCAGCCUGCCUUUCCUCAUCAGACCUUCAGAACUGGAGCACAGUCGGAUGUACUUCAGAGCCCAUGGGCUCCACGACACUGCCGUCACCCCCGAGUUCCUCUCUUCUUCCUUCCCCUUUUCUCCUGUUGGGAAUCUUUGCCGGAGGAGCAUUCUGGGAACCCCACUUAGCAAAUUCUUAAGUGGUGCCAAAAUCUGGCUGUCCACAGAGACCCUUGCCAAUGAAGACUGAUGCUCUCGGAACCAGGGCAGCACUGUCUCUACACAAUACUGCUUACCAGAAGCUGUAAUAACUUUAUCAAACAAGGUUACCUGUGUUUUUGCACAAAGUAUUUAAAAGCAAGUGUGUCAUGCUUUCACAACGCACAAAUGUUCUUUUUCUGCAGAUGUCCCUCAUUGAUUCUCUUGUCUUCUUUUCAAUGGCUCUUCCUGCUUUCUAAAUCUGGCUUGGCACCUAAGGCACAGAUAUAUCUUUAUAUACAACAAAGCUUCAGCACGGUGACUAAUCCUGUUCUGUUUGCGUUGGGAGGCCCCCCUCCCUCUCCGCUGAUGGAACCCAGUCUCUUGUCCAUUUGAUCAACAGAUGAAGACAAGUACCAGUAGGGG